AUCACGCAUUCACGCGCUGCACACGAAGAGGGGAGGAGUAGAUGGCAGCAGGCGGAGGCGGCGCCCACGGCCACGACCGGGCGCUCGUCGUUGUUGGGGUAGCGGCAGCGGCCGCCGAGGCGGAGGAACCGCCGAUCUGUUGCGAGGUGCGUGGCCUGUGAUCCGGGGACUGGAGGCCAUGGAGAGGGAGGCGGUUGGGGAGGAGGAGGAGGAGGUGGCGUGCGAGUGCUGUGGGUUCACGGAGGAGUGCACGGCGCCGUACAUCGCCGGCGUGCGCGCGCGGUACGAGGGGAGGUGGAUCUGCGGCCUCUGUGGGGACGCGGUCGGCGAGGAGCUCGGCCGCGCGUCCCCCCCCAUCACGCCCGCCGAGGCGCUCGACCGGCACGCCUGCGUCUGCCGCCGCUCGUCGGCCCCGCCGUCGCCCACCGGGAGCUCCGACGACCUCAUCGCGGCCCUGCGGCUCCUCCUGCGCCGCAAGCUCGGAUCGCCGCAGACACCGCCGCCGCCGCCGAGGAAGGCCCGCUCGACGCCGAGCAGCCCGGGGCGCGACGCCUCCGUCGCGGCCGUGGCCACCGGGGGUGCCGGUGCCGGCGCCGGCAGCUCGCUCGCGCGGACCGAGAGUUGCUUCGCCACGCUCGUGGAAUAAAAAGUAAGGCGGUGGUGGGGGUGGGGGGAUGGGAAGAUGCUGAGAAAAACCAAGGAACGGUAGUCUCUUGUAGCUUCACUUUUCCUUUUGCCUUUGUAAUGCACUGGAACUUUCCUCCAUGCUUUUACCUUUCUUUAGGACUCAAGAUCAAUAAACAUGUAUAUAUAAGGAGAAGGUCGACAAACUAUAUGAAAAAUGGAAGUAAUUCCAUGUUUUCUCAGGUUUGGAUCA